AUGGCUAUAUGUCCACUUGCCCUGACAGUGGAGAAUUUUUUUAAAAAAACUGGCUAUGUCCUCACNAGUAAUGGAAAUGGAGUAGUACAGGCUAACGGUAAAGAGAAUGGAAGUUCUGAUUCUGGGGCUUUUGAUGUAAAUAAGCUACAGAAGCUUAGGGCUAAAGGUGGGAAGAAAACUGAUACUGUUAUAAAGGGUUCGAAGGCAACCGAUACUGUUGUAAAGGGUUCCAAGGCAGAGCCUACAAAAAAGAUAAAGAAGAACAGAGUCUGGGAUGAUUCACCUACCGAGUCAAAAUUGGAUUUCACGGAUCCUAUGAGUGAGAAUGGGAAUGAGAAUAUAGCAGUUGUGGCAGCAGUUCAAGGUGAGAGUAUGAUGGACAAAGAGGAGAUUGUGAGUAGUGAUAGUGAGACCGAGGAGGAUGAGGAGCCAGGGAAAGACAGCAAGGUCGAGGGAAAGAAGAAAGGUUGGUUCUCAUCCAUGUUCCAGAGUAUCGCAGGAAAGGCUAAUUUGGAGAAGGCCGACUUAGAACCAGCUUUAAAAGCUCUUAAGGACAGGCUGAUGACCAAGAAUGUGGCCGAAGAAAUUGCUGAAAAGCUUUGUGAAUCAGUCGCGGCAAGUCUGGAGGGUAAAAAGCUUGCCUCAUUUACAAGAAUUUCUUCAACAGUUCAGGCAGCAAUGGAGGAGGCCCUUGUUCGCAUCUUAACUCCUAAACGUUCCAUUGAUAUUUUGAGGGAUGUUCAUGCCGCGAAGGAACAAGGAAAACCAUAUGUUGUGGUUUUUGUAGGAGUUAAUGGAGUUGGAAAAUCUACCAAUCUUGCUAAGGUAGCUUAUUGGCUUCAGCAGCACAACAUCAAUGUAAUGAUGGCUGCCUGUGACACAUUCAGAUCAGGAGCUGUAGAGCAGCUGCGUACUCAUGCACGCAGACUUCAGAUCCCCAUAUUUGAGAAGGGCUAUGAGAAGGAUCCUGCUAUUGUUGCUAAGGAAGCAAUUCAGGAGGCUAAUCGAAAUGGUUCAGAUGUUGUUCUUGUUGAUACAGCUGGUCGUAUGCAGGAUAAUGAGCCGCUGAUGCGAGCACUUUCCAAGCUUAUAUAUGUCAAUAGUCCAGAUCUGAUCCUGUUUGUUGGUGAGGCACUUGUCGGAAAUGAUGCUGUUGAUCAGUUGUCAAAGUUCAACCAGAAAUUAGGUGAUCUUUCACCCUCACCAAAUCCAAGGUUGAUCGAUGGAAUUCUGCUUACCAAGUUUGACACCAUUGAUGAUAAGGUGGGAGCUGCAUUGUCCAUGGUUUAUAUAUCCGGUGCCCCCGUCAUGUUUGUGGGAUGUGGUCAAUCUUACACAGACUUGAAGAAGCUGAAUGUUAAGUCCAUCGUGAAAACACUCCUCAAAUGAGAGCAUACAAUCUGUCUUGUCAUUUGGUUUGGUUCUAAUGUGUUGUUUAAGAAGUGUGAACACUUUGUAUCCUUGCUGCUACAGUUUGGUUGUGUACUUUCCCAUCUGUAAUCUCUCACUAUUUUGAUUUUGAAGGUGAAUCACUUGACUUAA